ACAUUUGGCAGGCUUCUUCACAAAAAUGGUUCUCUGAGAGCUCUCUCUCUCUCUCAUGUCAGAGUUUUCUGUGAAACUACAAACCUGGUAAAUGUCAAGACCGGGUACCGUACACAGUGACCAUAUUCUGGCGGGAAUUUUGAAUUUUUGCUUGAGGUCCCUUCAAAGUUCAAGCCCCAUUUCUUAAAAUGUUUCAGCUCCCCAUUCUUGCAUUUCACCACCAGACUUAUCUCAGAGAAACUUCAGAAAAGAAGGGGAAAAAACAUGGAGCACUGAAGCAAACAUUGUAAUACAAUGAUGAAUAAGAAAAGGAAAUUUCCCAUCCCAGAACUUCCAACCCACAUCAUCUUCGAUAUUCUCACAAGACUCCCAAUCAAAACCCUAUUGGAUUGCCAACUCGUUUGCAAAGACUGGCUUUCUCUAAUCUCGGACCCUCACUUCGCCAAGACCCACCUCUCGAAUUCCCCAAUCAGCCUCUUGAUCAAACCCAUCGAACACCACCACCGACAAAUCCGGCUAAUUGAUGUUAGCCUCCUGACCCUCCCUAACAGCCAUCCAGCGGAUGCCCAAAUGAUUUUCAAACCCAAAAUGCACUACCAACUUAGUAAAGAGAAAAUAGUGAACUCUUGCAAUGGUUUGAUUUGCUCUAAGGAUGACUCUUUUUACAUAACCAAUCCUAUCCUCGGGGAGUACAUUAGCAUACCCCUAUCAUCUCGUGCUGGGAAAUAUGAUGAUACCACCAGUGCUAUUGGCUAUAGUCCAUUGACUAACAAAUACAAGGUGAUACAAUUCUUUCUUGAACAAGUUUCCUUAAACACCGUUACUAUGUUGAGAACUUAUGAGGCAGAGGCUGAUAUUUAUACACUUGGUGAAGGGCCAUGGAGAAGCUUAGGGAGGGUGCCUUACCAUCUGCCUUGCUAUCUGCCUAAGUACUCGUUCAAUGCUUCCGUGAAUGGAGCCCUUCAUUGGCUGAAUUUCACUCCUAAUAGCCCGGAUUUCAUUUAUUGUUUUGACUUUGGUAAUGAGGAAUUUCGGGUUGUUCCAGAGCCUCGUGAAUUUGGUUUGGAGAAGAAGGCACUUCUGAAUAGUAUGAGUGUGGGUGUGCUAAAAGAUAGUCUGGCCAUGUGUGAUUGUUCUAAUCCUCAUCAUGUUGAGAUAUGGACGAUGAAGCACUACAACAUUCAGGAGUCUUGGUGCAAAGAGUUUGUUAUUGAGAAAUCGGUGACUGUUCAGGGACAAUAUUUUACGGUAAAAUAUUGUGAGCCAAUAAUGAUCCUAAAGAGUGGUGACAUCUUGAUGUUAGUUAACAGGAAUGCUCUUCUGCAGUAUGAUCCCAAGUUUGGUAGUUUCAAGAAUCUGAAUAUUUGUAAGAUCAAAUCAGCCAUCUGCGCGGUUGGUCAUAUUCCGAGCUUUGUUUCCCCCGCAGAUGUUGCGAAAGGUGAAAGAUGCACGGUGUAUUACAAGCGCAAACGCACUGAGAUCUUGGACAGAAUGUGGGAGCAUAUGAAGGGCCGGAGCAGUGGGUGUGCUGCUCAUCAGCAACUGCACGUUCAUCGUAAUCCAAAUGAUCCCUCGGGUGAGGAAUGUCUGCUAAAGUUGAAGAUGUUAUCGGGUAUUACAGAAGGAGAUCCUUUGUAUAUGUUUGGCGCGAUGAUAUUGGUCAAGUGUGACACUAGGAAGGAGUUUAUGGGACUGGCUAGUGAUGAAAUUAGACUAGCUUGGCUUAAGGAGAAGAUGAGGUGAAACAAAGCUACAGUUCUUCCAGCAGGGCAAAGUUCACCUUACAAACGAAGUCUUUCCACUAAAGGUGAAGGGAGAAAGAUCCAAACUGGUUUUUGCAUUUAUCAGAUGGAAUGGAUGUGCAAAGGCUAAACUUUUAGGAAGGAACAGAAGGUUUUUUUUUUUUUUUUUUUCUGAGGAAGACUGAUUGCUGCAGUACUUCAUAGCGUUGCUACGCAGGAGCUAUUUUGAACAAACUAAGAAAGCCGGGCUUUCUGUCAUGGCCAUUUCAAUUAUGAUAGCUUGUUCUAUAUGCUUGAACGAUGGUGAAUCCUAUUGCUUUUCCUUUCGGUCUUUACUGUGUCACCGCAAGCAAGGACUGAAGGAACCUUCAA